CACGUCGUGUUUUGACAUAUAGCUAAUGUCCACCGGUUUCCUCGGCCUAAUGUGUUCUUGACACGAAAUGUUUUAUAUUUUGGAAAUGAAGUCCUGUGUGAAGUAUCCCUUAUGAUAGUGAUAUGUGACAACUAGUGAAAUUACAAAGGUGUGUCGUACAAGCCAAGCCAAACUUACGUGCCUUUAUAUUCUUCCUCCAUUCCAAUUAAUAAUUAAGUAAAUUCAAAAGUCCAGAGAGAACGUCCAUUCGAAUUCGAUUCCAUCAUAUCUGUCCAGAUGAAGCGUAAAAUUAAAGACUUCUAUAUUUAAAUAAAAAAAAAAAGAAAACAACGAGUCAAUGCGAAUGUGGGACAAAUUGCAAUAGAUAGUGAAUAUUGCAAUAGUGUGGAUGGUGUUGCUGGCGAGAUGUCGGUGUGGGUGGGCAGUGGGUGCGCCGGCGGCGGUCGCGAAGUCCGCGUGCCGCCCGCCGCCACAACCACAUUGCUCUCUACCAACACCUCUAUGGAGUCCGGGAUUGAAGCCGGAGUAUUGCCUACUGUCACGGGAUCACUCGCGUCAGCCCGGGACUCCCUCGGUUCACUUUCCCGGGCAGCAGAACCAUUAUAUGAUACAGAUCACACCGAUCUUGGGUCAGAGUUGGAUGAAGCAGAGAUCAGACGGGAGUUGAUGCAUGAUAAAUGGCGCCUCUUAUUCGAUAGGUUCGAUCCAGAAGGCUUCGGCGAAAUCCCUUGGCCCGACUUCCAACAAACAUUACAGAAUCCGGACUUUAUAGCACAGAUACCACCACACAAAAGAGAGAUUCUUCUGGACAAAGCUCGAAGUGCAACCAGUGACGCAAUCACAUUUCAGGAGUUCGUCAAUGUGAUGAGCGGCAAGCGCACACGCAGCUAUAGAUGCGCGGUCCACCAACGAGACCGCGAGGUCAGCUCCGAGAACGACUUCCAUCUGCUUCUAGAAGAUCCUACAUUUUUUGCAAGAAUGGUGCACCUAGUAGCAAUGGAAGUGCUUCCAGAAGAGCGGGAGCGGAAGUACUACCAGGAGCGAUACACUUGCUGCCCGCCGCCCCUCUUUAUUAUCUGCGUCACACUGCUAGAGUUGGGCGUGUUUGCAUGGUACGCAUCGAGUUCUAGUGGAGUGGCAGCAGCGGCGGGCCCCGUGCCCGUAGACUCGCCCCUAGUGUACCGACCAGACCGCCGCCGCGAGUUAUGGAGGUUCCUCACAUACAGUGUGGUCCACGCUGGCUGGCUACACUUAGCAUUCAAUCUUCUCGUACAGUUAGCGGUGGGUCUACCACUUGAAAUGGUACACGGUGCGCUCCGUUGCGGCGCGGUGUACCUGGCGGGAGUACUGGGAGGCUCCCUGGCGGCAUCGGUGCUCGACCCGGACGUGUGCCUGGCGGGAGCGUCUGGUGGCGUGUACGCGCUACUGGCGGCACAUCUGGCCAACGCCCUGUUGAACUUCCACGCGAUGCGGUACGGUGCCGUGCGGUUGGUUGCCGCGCUGGCGGUCGCCUCGUGUGACGUGGGCUUCGCAGUCCACGCUAGGUAUACUAAGGAAGCGCCGCCGGUGUCGUACGCGGCACACGUGGCGGGCGCGCUCGCCGGACUCACUAUCGGCCUGCUAGUAUUGAAACACGCACAACAGAGGUUGUGGGAGAGGUUAUUAUGGUGGGCGGCGCUAGGAGCAUACGCUGCAUGCACUCUCUUCGCUGUCCUCUACAACAUCUUCAGUGGACCCGUGGACGAGCUCCAUUAUAUGCCGCCAGAUCCACCGCCCGACGUCGCCGGCUUCUGACCUAACAAUGUCACACGACACCGCCUGCUGACCAAAAACUUAGGCUUUGACGACAUCCACUAGUUUCUCUAAUCGCAGACUGUUGAGCUAACUACAUAGGGACGAACGAUUACGAAACCCGAUUUUCAAGAUAAUCCUUACGAUAGAUACGCACCAAAUAGUAGAUUCUAGAAACUAAGUACGACCUAAAAAUAUAAACUUGAGAAUAUUUAUUGCCAAAAAUGUCCAUAACACACGUUGCAAUAUACACGUUUAUGAAAUCAACUUUAAAAGGCAAUAAGACAUGAUACAAAUCUCGACACAUGAUUACCGCCGAUAUUUUAUUGUAAGAUAAAAAUAGAGUCAAAGCUUAAGUCUAGAUCACGCAACGAGUGCGACCUACCACGCCUAGUCAAUUUACCUUAGUGUGAUUCGCUAUAAGUAGCGCUAUGUUCAGAGGAGCCUCAUCAGUUUACACGACGUGUAUUUUGCCUAUUUCACAGAAGAUUCAUGAAUCUUUACGUUUUUUACAAGUCAAUUGUUAAAAUUGAUGUUGCGCCGUUAGUUGUAUUGAGGCUUCCUCGCAAUACUUAAUUGUUAAGUAGUAAUAAUUAUUGUAUUGGAUAGGUGAACUAUUUUUGUACCUACUCUCUGCGUCCGUAGUCUAUAGGAUGAUGGCGUUGCCACUACACAUACACAAUAAUAUGUUCCCGUGUGGACUGACCAACUCGACUAAAUGUUAUGUUAAAUUUUAUAGUAAUAUUAUAAUGUUUUAUUCAUUAAUUGUUGAUAUAUGCCACACAAUGUUAACAUUGCAUUUAGUUAAGAAAGUCAGCGUAGUUAUGCCCUGCACACCAAAGAUUAGGAUUAAAUGUCAUUCCUACUCGUAUGUUGGAGACGAUCUGAUUCUAUCCUCAUUUGUUUUUAUCUGAUUUAAUGUUGUGAAAAUAGAAUUUACUUCAAGUUUGCUCAGAAUAUAAUACUAUAAGUAUGCCUCAAUAAUGAGUUAACAUGCUUAAUAUUAGAAUAUAUAAGUAAUGUUGUAUAAAAUGCUCAAUAUCAGUUACUUUUUAUUCUAAAAUAAUGCUCAAUAAUGAGUUUUUUUUUUUAUUUAAUGGGAUCAAUUUGAUGAUAGAAAAUGAAAAAUUUUCUCAUUUUAUUUUCCCGUAGUGAAUUCCAUUAUUAUUGGACCACAUAAUCUCCACUUCAUAGAACUAUUUGGACUCACUAGAAUAGAUAGAUAAUUGAUAAUAAUGUGCCUGAUUCCUAUUAUUAUAAACUUGAUUGUAUACUUUUAAUUCUAAUCAAAUAAUGUCACGACUGAUUUUUUGUAUAAAUUAUUACAGAGUGUUUUUCAUUUAAUUUAUUUUAAAAUUAUUUUAAGUGUGAAUCAAAAUAAUUAUAAUUAUGUGAUUAUAUGAAUGAAAAUAAGAAUGAUUAUGAUUAAAAGUGAUUGGAAAUCGUA